UUUUAAUUUUAGUCACAAUUUUAAUGACAUUUUUGUAUUAUUAUGGUACUGCUACGUACAGCUUUUGGAAAAAAAGAGGAGUCCCUUACAUCAAGCCAAAGUACCCGUUUCUUGGUACAAUCGAGUCCGAUCUUGCGAUGGAGGCUGAAGUGCAAAAAGAAAUGUAUUGUACUUUCAAAGAUGAACCGUUUUUCGGUUCGUUUUCGUUCAGACAGCCUGUCCUUUUUUUAAGAGACCCUGGUCUUGUUGAAUACAUUUUGAUCAAAGAUUUUUCAUUGUUCACCGACAGAGGAUUUAUCGGUGAUGCGAAUGAUCCGACAUUAGCCAAUAUCGUCAAUCUCGAAGGUCCGGUUUGGAAGGCGCUUAGGGAUAAAUUGAAUCCGGCGUUUUCACGUUUCAAACUGAAAGGAAUGCAGGAUCAAAUCGUAGCAUGCUCAGACGAACUGGUGAAUUUUUUAUCGAAAUACACAGACGGGACUCCAUUCGAAGCGAGGGGGUUGAUGAUAAAAUUUUCAAUGAAUGUAAUCGCUUCCUGCGCUUUUGGUAUAAACGGUGAUAGCUUCAAGAAUGAUUCUUCGCUGGUGAAAAUCCAGCAGUCGAUUUUUGCAAAGCCAAAAAAUAAAUUUUCACACCUCGUUAAACUCUACAUACCUUGGCUCGCUGAAUUAUUAAAAAUGCAUCAGAUUUCCCAAGAAACGCAAGAUAUGUUUGGAAAUGUUUUACAAACCGUAUUAAACUACAGAAAAAUGAAUGAUAUACAUAUAAAAGAUCUUUUAACUAUCCUUGAUCAAUUGAAACGCGACAAAGCAAAUAUUGCAAAUAAACUUAAAUUCGACCAUACGGUUUUCUUAUCUAAUGCAAUAGUAUUUUUUGUCGCCGCUUUUCAAACGACAUCAACCACCCUUCACUUUGCUCUUUAUGAACUGGCAGUCAAUCAAGAUGUGCAGGAGAGAUUAUAUCAAGAGAUAAUAAACCAUAUUAGUCAGAGUGAUUUGAAAUCUAAUGAAUCCUUCGUUAAUAUUAACUAUGUAAAACAAGUAAUUUCAGAAACACUUCGAAAACAUCCACCAGCGAAAGCAGUUUCGCGUAAAUCUCUGCAGCAGUACAAGCUUCCUGGGACGGAGGUCGUCAUCCCGCCAGGGACGAUAGUCACGGUGCCGGUUUAUAGCCUGCACAACGAUCCGAAAUACUUUCCGGAGCCGGGUAAAUUCGAUCCGGAAAGAUUCGGCGACGUGAGAAAAGACCGGAUGGUUAAAAAUGCAUUCGUACCAUUCGGCGAUGGGCCAAGAAAGUGCAUCGGGUCUCGAUUUGCAAGGUUAGAAGUGGAAAUCGCCCUGACAAAAAUUAUUCUAAACUAUAAAGUGACGCUCAACGAAAAGACAAAUAUACCGAUUAAAUACAGAAAAGGUACGCUGUUAUUAGCCGUAGAUGGAGGGGUGUGGAUUAACAUCACCAAACGCAGCUGAAAAAAAAAAAGGCGAGUGUGUACAGUAAUUGCAUCGUUAAAACCAUAUAUAAUAUUUACAGGAGGUCAGAGAACGAAAAUUGAUCGCCACUAACUUGCAUUUUUAUAAACUGGUGAAAUUUAUGACUUCAAAUAAUAAUUAAUGGGACACAAAGCAAUUAAAAUUAUUUUUUAAUUGACAGUAUAUGAACAUUUAAAGUAAAAUGAAAAUAUGCAAAGAAACAAAUUUCUUACAAAUUUUCUCUAAUAAAUAAUUAAUCCUGUUAUACUUAGGUUUUCUUUUACCCCUCUACAUACAUGAUACUUAGAUUAUGAAGAUAUUCAGCACAGAUUCUGUGGUUUGUCCUUAAACUGAUUGAUUGUGCCAAUUUUAGCCCUUUUUGGGACCGACAUAAAAGGGAAGAUUGAAAAAUAAAAUCAUUCGAGGCCGGGAGCCAAUUCGAGCACAGGGAUAUGAGUUGAGCCCUGGCUGGAAGAGGCCAAGAUCAGGAGAGUCAACCGAUGAGUAGAGUCGAGACCAAAAACUGAGUAAGGGGCAGAGAUGAGUCGAAUGACGGCAUCUGAUUUUUUCUAAAUUAUCCAAUCCAUGGAGACUAAUGUUUUGUUUGACAUUUUCAACUGUUCAGUCUACCCUGUUUUAAAUUGCAAAUUAAUUUAGCUAAGCAAAAUAAUUUUCAAUGUUCAAUAAUAGAUUUUAUCUCAGUUUUUAUACUAUUAUUGUCAAAAUAUUUUUCUCUACUUUUGUAUUUCUCAUGGAAUAUGCAGAACUGCAACCACUAUUGCUAAAUUUCCAUGUUCCACGGUUACAGUUAUCUAAUUAUUAUCUAGUUACUUAAAGUUUAGUCUGAUUUCUCAUCUCAUGGGGACGAGAAAUAAAUUUCCUUUAAAUUGUAUCACUUUUUACCUUUCCUUAAAUCAAUUUAAA